UUGAGUGAAGUGUGCAGAUUUGGUAAAUAUUUUGUGAAAAGUUGUAUAUUGGGACCUUGAAUAAGUUCUCGCUGUUUUUUUAAUAUUAAAAAAAUUUCCAGUUUUGAUAAAUAUUUUGUGAUAAAUUGUAUAUUAGGACCUUGAAUAAGUUCUCGCUGUUUUUUAUUUUACAUAAUAAAAGCUUAAUUUAAAAUUUAAGGGACCAAAAUAUUUCACUAGAAGUUUUGCCCUUCACUAGCCACUACUUUCUCCUACUUUUCUGGCAGUAUAUAAAUCCCACGUGGGAAAAUGAUAUGUUUUUUGAGGCUAUCCAAUAAUGGACCAGUUUUUUAGUAUCUGAAAUUCCCAAGAAGUUUCUUCUGAGUUAAUAUGGGGAAGCAAUUCCUGUUCAUUGCUAAAGAAGACUGCUUACAAAUACGACUAAGAAAUUUACAGGAAAUCACCAUGGAUAUUAGAAAAACUGAGUUUUUAUACACAUCACUUGGCAAAAUGAGAUUUUUGCUGCAAAUUAAGGCCACUUUGCUGCAGUUCAUUCAGUUGGGCUUCACUGAGAAAGACCUGGAUGAAGUUAAAGGGGUGUUGGCCGACACUAAUUUGUAUUUGUUGGGUGCCACCGUAUUAAUUGGAAGUAUACAUUUGCUGCUAGAUUUUCUGUCGUUCAAAAACGACGUCAGCUUCUGGAAGUCACAGAAAUCAAUGACAGAGUUGUCUUCUCACACUGUAUAUUGGAGGGCUUUUUCUCAGACUAUUAUAUUUUGGUGCCAGUUGGAUGAAGGCAUGUCUUUGUUAGUUUUAAUGUCGAGUGGCAGUUCAUUCAGUUGGGCUUCACUGAGAAAGACAUGGAUGAAGUUAAAGGGGUGUUCACCGACACUAAUUUGUAUUUGUUGUAUGUCACUGUGUUAAUUGGAAGUAUACAUGUAAGGAAAUCAAUUUA